ACUGAAGCCAGUCCCUGGAUUCGCGAAUGCGCCUCUGCCGUUGUAAACUAGCAACGACCAGUGACCACGCAUAUUCUCAGGUACAACAGACCAGGAGGAUUCAGAAAAACCAAACGAUGCAAUGAACGCAGGCACCGCCAGGACGACUAGCAGGCCGAGCGGCAGGCCGUUAGGCAUCUACAUUGCGGGCGCCGCCCUUCGCCUGGCACUCUUCACUCUAUUUCCCGGCCUGCCCGACCUGCUGACCGGCCGCGUUGAGAUUUCCACGCCCGUGACGAGCUUCAAGAGGUUGCAAGAAGGCCUCUUCCUAUACAACCACAACGUCUCCCCCUACGACGGCGGCGUAUACCACCAAGCGCCUCUCCUCCUCCCGCUGUUCUCGCUCCUACCCGAUGUGGCAACAUACCCGAUAUUCACAGCGCUGCUGUACAUUGCCGUCGACCUCUUCUGCGCCGAUGCUCUCCUCCAGAUUGCCGAAUCAGGUGAGGCUGGAUCCUCCGCCAAGUUCCAGUCUCCUCGACGCCAAAGGAGAUGGAGCGGAGCUAUUGUGGCUGCCAUAUACCUUUUCAGCCCCUUCACAAUAGCGACAUGCAUCGGCCGCUCGACUGCCGUUUUCACCUCGUGCGCCGUCCUCCACGCCAUCGCAAAGGCCAUUCAGGGUCGCACCCUCGGCGCCUUGGUCUCUAUCGCAUUCGCCUCGUACCUCUCCAUGUCCCCGCUGCUCCUCCUCCCGCCACUCCUCGUCCUGGCCUACGACCGCCAGCCACCCGCCCCCGCGCGCGCCCACCUUUCGGCCUCCCCGGCCAAAUUCGCCGUCGUGGGUACAGGAGUGGUCAUGGCUGUCUUAGCGGUUCUUGCCGCCCUCUCCCUCGUCAUCACGGCCUUCUCCUGGGAGUUCUUGGCAUCGACGUACGGCAUUCAGUUGACGCUCGCGGACCUGACGCCCAACGCGGGGUUGUGGUGGUACUUCUUCAUAGAGAUGUUCGACCCGUUUCGCUCCUUCUUCCUUGCAGUCUUUUGGCUGCACCUGGCUUCCUACGUCGGCGGGCUCACCGUCCGCAUCCGCACUCAGCCCCUAGCCGCCCUCUCGAUCCUCCUCGGUUUGUUCGCCAUCUUCAAGCCCUACCCGUCCAUCGCCGACACGGCCCUGUUUCUGGGCCUGCUGCCCCUUUUCCGCCAUGUAUUUCCCCUGAUGCGCUACCCAUUUGUGAUUGCCGCCGUCAUUGUUUACGCAGUCUUCCUGGGCCCCGCCUUCUGGCACCUGUGGAUCUACGCCGGUAGCGGUAACGCAAACUUCUUUUACGCCAUCACGCUCGUCUGGAGCCUGGUGCAGAGCCUGUUGGUCAGCGACUUUACGUUUGCGCUGCUGAGGGAUGAGUGGGAGGUGGACAGGCCUGAAAUGGUUGGGAAGGAAAUUCGACAGAUCUAAAAACACUGGCGGGAAAGGCUGUCGGAUAAAUGAUUCGACAGCUAAUGUUUUGAGAGAAGAUGAAUUGUACAGAUAUUACACUAAACUAUCUUAAAGAACAACAUCAAGUAUGCCUUGCUACUUGCUCCAUGUUUCUUUUUUUUCCCUUUUUGGCAUGCAUGCGUGUUUUGGGCGUUUUCCCCAAACAUGAUCCACAACACAUGUUCGCGCCAGGACCUGAGGAGUUCUCUACCUCGCAA